AUGGAUUUUUUCUUUGAGGACCUCACAUUUCCAUCCACCUCCCACUCCACUCCCAAGAACGGACAUGAAGAUUCACAGAUGACAGAAGACACAGACUGUAACUCAUCCAUAGGGAAGUCCUCAAGUGUGAGCUUGACUGACAUUCAAGAGCAUCAUACCAGCUCAUGCAUAGACGACAUCAGCAGAAAAGUGCAGGAACUGGUGGAGAAGAUUAACAGCAGCCGCACCAGUGACCAGAAAGUGAUCGACAGCUUUCAGGAGAAAUUAGUGGAGAAGAUGACAGAGGCGUGCCAGAAGAUGAAGGAGCACAUGUACACCGUCUAUGAGGAGAACAGUAAUGAGAUGCAGGUGAAGCUGCAGGAGUUGUCUGAGGUGCUGGAGAACUGCACUAAGCUCAACAAUGAGCUCCUGAAGGCCAUCCAGGCUCUGGCAAGUCUCAGAGAGGGUCUGGCCAUUAACCAGACAUUAGAAUCCCUGUAA